GUUUUUGACACGCGCUGGUGAGGGCAGGCAGGGCGGUGUGUGUGGCAUGCGUGUCGCGGCGCGCGCGGCUUUGUUGCACGCCUGCCUGGAUUCACACCCCCGUGCCCGUUUCUCGUCUCCCUUUGCCUCUGCAGGGGCGCAUGGAGUAUCUGGUGAAAUGGAAGGGCUGGUCUCAGAAGUACAGCACCUGGGAGCCCGAGGAGAACAUCCUGGACGCCCGGCUGCUCGCAGCCUUUGAGGAAAGGGAGCGAGAAAUGGAGCUCUACGGGCCCAAAAAGCGAGGCCCCAAACCCAAAACCUUCUUGCUGAAGGCCCAGGCAAAAGCAAAAGCCAAAACCUACGAAUUUCGCAGCGACUCUGCCAGGGGGAUCCGGGUGCCGUAUCCUGGCCGGUCCCCGCAGGAGCUGGCCUCCACCUCCCGGGCUAGGGAAGGACUGAGAAACAUAGGCCUGCCUCCCCAGAGCACGAGUACCAGCACCAGCACCGGUACCAGUACCAGCACCCCCAAGAUGGAGUGCAUCCGGGACCGGGUGGUUAGAGUAGAAGAGAAACCCGGGGAGACCCCCAAAAAGAGAGGCCCGAAGCCGAGGAAAGAGCUUUAUCCGGUAGAGAGCCUGGAUCCCACCAAGCGGAAAUCCGGGGAGCCGGGGGACAAGGUGGGAGACUACCUCAAAGCCCGGAAAAUGGAGGAGGCCGUUCCCGGGGCGGCCAAGUUCGGGUCGGGACACAGCGUGAUCCAGCUAGCCAGGAGGCAGGAGCCCGAGCUGUCCGGCGCCAUGGCCAGUCCCGGCCGAGCCGAGGUCGGGGUGAAGCUUGGAGCCUCCGAGACGUACGCUCCCCGGGUCGCCAAGCACAGGGCAGACUUUCUGGACCCCAAGGGGCAAGGCGGGCUGGACCCCGGCGGGCCAAAGAUCCUGCACAGCUCGGCCAACCCGAGCUCUGUGGGCAGCUUGUACCGAGACAGUGUGGGGGCCCAGGCUGGCCGGCCGUCCCUCAUCGCGAGGAUCCCCGUGGCCAGAAUUCUGGGGGACCCCGAAGAGGAGACCUGGAGCCCUUCGCUCAACAACCUGGAGAAGGUGGUGGUGACGGACGUGACCUCGAACUUUUUAACUGUCACGAUAAAGGAGAGCAGUACGGACCAAGGAUUCUUUAAGGAAAAGCGAUGACUCUUCCCCGGCUUGUUCCAGGAAGACUGAAAGUUUGGGCAAAGCUUUGGUGGCUGUUUUUCUUUUCUUUUUUUUCCCUUUUUUCCACCUCCCCAUGCCUCGGACGUCCUCAAUUCAUUAACUCAUUUUUUCUCUCCCUCUCUCUCCUUUUUUUUUUUCCUUCCAGUUUUGUUUUGUUGGAAAGAUUAUCUCUAGAGUUAUAUUUUCUAUUAGAUGUAAAUAUGUUAUUUAAGAAGAAAUACCAAUAUAUAUAUAUAUAAAUAUAUAAAUAUCUAUCUAUAUAUAUAUAUUUCAACUCUAAGUUGUUUUAUUUAAAUGGAGAUGAACAGUGGUUGCUCAGUUGCUCUUAGAAAGGACAAUAAAACUGAGGACUCAUGAGUUCUUGCCUGUCUUGCAGGAGACAGUGUAUAUAAUGAAUGAUGUUCAUAGCUAAUUGUUUUUGGAGUUGUGUUUUUUUUAAUUAUGUGGGUUUCCUUUUUCCCAUACGAUGCUAUGGAUGGUGAAUGGGGAAAGGGGCCCAGUGCCCUGAUUCCUGGAUCGUGAUAUAAGGUGUUGCUUGUACAAUCAAGUGUGCUGUAUCCAGAACUGUCGCCCUAGGCAGUUGAAGUAAGCACUUGAACUUUCAGUAUUGUCGGGGGUUUUUUUU